UGGCACAUCCAAGACACUGUCAUGGCCUACGUUGACAACAUGUGUGAAAACUUUCAGUCCGUCAACGGAGUUCAUUAAAAUCGAGCGGGCCGCGAAAAUUCGGCAUUUUUCCCCGUUGAAUGUGCGUGCGACUGCUGGGAUUUUUGUUUUUUUCUCGACGAAAACCGCUUGUCAACCGGGUGAUUAGUUUUUCGGCGACGAUGCAGCUCGUAAACUGCCCCGUAAAACACCAAAAUUAAUGGUUACAGAUACAGAUGAUUCGGGUGCGGACAGCGACGAUCUCAGAGAUUUUGCCAAUGUCCAGCUGUUGACCAUCAUCAGGGCAGUGCAGGUCCACGCCAGUGAAGUUAAAGUGCGACGCGUUCAAAAUCAUGCAUCAUCAACAAUUCGGACAUAAGGAGAACAGUGCUGUGGGUGUGGGGGGGCCGAUCGACACCACAUCAGUGUCGUACCACUCGCAGUUCAGCUACGGGGGCGCCAACGACAACUGGACGUACAACAAUCCGACGGUGACGCCAAUGAAGCAAAUUGAAGCUUGUCUUCAAAGUGCCGGCAAAGACCGUAAGGCUUAUUCGCCAUUGGACCAGGCGGACGCCCUGUCCCUGGAACAGGAAAAUGAACGUCCGGAAAACAACAACCGCAACAAUGCGCACAACAAAAACCACAGCUUGUCAUCGGCGCUGUCACCUGCCCUGUCAAGUUCGAGCGCCAUCUUGGAAAUGAAACACCUAUGGGACGAGUUCUACUCGUUGGGCACGGAAAUGAUCGUCACCAAGGCGGGAAGACGAAUGUUCCCGACGUUCCAAGUGAAACUCUGCGGUCUCGAUCUGCACUCCGAGUACAUGUUGAUGAUGGACUUUGUGCCGGUGGACGACAAGCGCUAUCGCUAUGCGUUUCACAGUUCCAGUUGGGUGGUGGCCGGCAAGGCGGAUCCAGUGUCGCCGCCCCGGAUCCACGUGCACCCCGACAGUCCCGCCACUGGCGCCCAAUGGAUGAAGCAAACUGUGUCUUUUGACAAGCUGAAGCUGACCAAUAAUCAGCUGGACGACAAUGGCCACAUUAUCCUCAACUCGAUGCAUCGGUACCAGCCGCGGUUCCACGUCGUCUAUUUACCCCCGAAAAACGUGCAGUCUGAGGAAAACAGCAGCGAAAACUUCAAAACUUUCGUGUUCCCGGAAACCUCCUUCACCGCAGUCACCGCCUACCAGAACCACCGGAUCACUCAACUGAAAAUCGCCAGCAAUCCGUUUGCCAAAGGCUUUAGAGACUGCGAUCCAGAUGACGGAUCACCCGAAGUGUCCAGUCCGUCCAAUCAGCAGCGCCAACGAACUACGUCCCGAUCAACCCCAAACAGUUGCGGCACCAAAGAUGAUGAGGGCGCUGAGCACGCGGCACCGACCCAAACCCACCAAUCGGACGCGCUGCACAAUCCCCACCCCUCGAUGAUCUUCCAGAACCGGUACCAGCCGACCAAUCAGACGGCCAGCCCUGCGCUGCUCCAGUCCAACAUACUCAGUGCCGGCCUCAGCCCGAUCGCCCAGCCCUACUCGGCGGAAAUUUGCAACUACGGCCCCGUCUACCAUCCGCACAACAUUCUGCACAACUACAAUGCGGUCUACACCAAUGACAAGUCGAUGCGACCUGCCAAUUUCGGUCGCGGCAUGUACGGCGGCUAUCAGGGCUUUUACAAUAAUGGAAAUUUCCGAUCGGCAACCCUGACCAGUGCCCAUCAAAGUGGCUACGAUUUUGCGCCGCGAUAGUGCGCACGUCAAUGUCAAUGUCAGUGUCAACUAGGGGGCCGAGCGAUUGUUGUCAAUGUCACUUUCGCUUGCUUGAUUUCUCACCUACAAGUUGUGGCCAAUUCGACUCCGCUAGGUAUACAGGGUGGUCCUCUACUAAUGAGACAAACGCACUCUAUUGUUUAGGUAGAAAUACGAAAUUUUGAUUUAUUUGUCUCACUGCGUGUAAUAGUCAUUGUAUUUUUCUUUCCUGGGAUAUAAAAAUGUUCAUAUCGUUUAUGUCAUAUAACGUUUCGGCGAGACAACAGC